AUGUCAGUGUCAACGGGUAGCUCACUUUGUGGCGAUAACGACCAGGACCUCUUUCUUGAUGAUGAAGAAGAUAUUGACUUUUAUGCCAUAUUAAAUGUGCCAAAAAAUGCAACAGAGGACGAAAUAAACAAAGCAUAUCGUAAACGUUGCCUAAUCUUCCAUCCUGAUCGCCAUUCUGAAGAAGAGGAUAGGAAAGAAGCCGAGAAGAUUUUCGUUCAACUCCGACGAGCCCAUGAAACCCUCAUUGAUCCGAAAAAGCGUGCUAUAUACGAUGCUCUUGGUGUGCAGGGUCUUGACACCCAAGGAUGGGAUCUCGUAUCAAAGUCAUCCAAUCCUGAAAAUAUUAGACGAGAGUACGAUUUUCUGAAACGAUUGAAAGAACAAGAAUUGAUGAUGCAAAGGGUGCAUCCAUCUAGUGGAUUCAUCGUGAAGACAUCGUUUGCCGGUCUGUUCUUUGAGGAACCAAGUGAUAGAUAUCCUCCGCAGUUAAUUGGGAUAUCAAUUACUCAAGCGGUAGACUGUGCUAUGACAGCAACAAGUCGAAUAGGUCUCACAGGACGUGUUAAAACUGGCAAUGGGAGAGGGGAUGGAAACGUUUCGCUUAUAUGGAAGAAAAGUGCCGGGCAGUACCAUUUAGAGAAUACUUUUACUGCAUCUGGUGAUGCACUAAAUCUAUCUUGUCGUGUUGCCCGAAGCCUUUACACUCGAGCUGCCAUUGUUAUCCAGCCGUCGUUGCAGUAUUUCCCAAUGCAGGAAUCUUUUGUACCUGCUUUGACCUUGAUAUAUUCGAUGAGGCUGCGUGUUCGUUGGCAAGGAAGUAUUGUGCUAAAUUUGACUCCCGUUCAAAGUUCCAUCACAACAACGCUUGUGCAUACUGAAAAUAAUCAACCAAAAGCUGUCAUGAAUCUCACAUUAUCGCCAACAAAUUCAAAUAUUCGUUUGAUGCACUAUAUUCGGAAUCCCGAGCAUGACGCUUUCACAGAAAGUUCUGUACAACUUUCGAUGUUUGGAGUAACGCCAUCUCUGCAUUUUGAAAGACGACUAUCAAGGUUUUCACGCAUUGGAUGCGCUGUUAAUUUCUCUUUUCCAUCGUGCAUGUUUUCCGCUAAAUUCAAGUUGAAGGUCGGUCAGUCAUCUUUUGAAUGGCAGUUGGUGCUAUGUGACGAUCGUGAAGCCCUAGCAAGGAGCACUAUUUAUGGUAUUGCUGUGCCUCUAGUUUUAUUUCAUCUUACUACGAAGGUGUUGCUUAGGAGGUGGUGGGACGGUUUUGCGGCACUGUUUGAUGAUCAUAGUCGUGAUCGUGAGGUUGAUACAGUUAAACAAGAAGAGUCUGGACGAAUAGUCAAUUUGAUGCGCCCAACUGCUGAUCGUAUUCGUCGUGAAGAGCAACAAAAAUUCGGGAUAAUCUAUAGGUACGGGCAAUGUGAGUUGACUGGUUCGUCUUCAUAUAUUCUAGCUGGUGACAAGACUAUUGAUGUUACGAUCCCUCUUCAAGCCAUGGUUAAUGAUUCACAACUAAGGAUUUAUUCGGUGAAAAGUCAGCUACCGGGAUUUUAUGAUCCUUGUCCCGGAGAAGCGAAAAUGUUGCAUGUUCGUUACAUGUUUCGUGACGAACUACACGUUGUUACAGUAGCAGACGACAUGCCAUUACAAAUUCCAAUGAGAUGUAAUUUUAUUCUAUUUGAUAUUCUUGUAGUUUGUUUUUCUUUUCGUUCAAAUGUCGAUUGA